UUUUCCCGCCCUGAACUGAAACAAAUUCCCUCCCAAAUCUCACUGGCAGAUCGACGGACAGAGGAACCAUUGAUCGGAGCUCGAAGCUUCUGCUGGUUCUCUUACUCGGAGACCACAGCGACUGAAUCGGCAGCUGGAGAAGCUUUCAGUCGGUGGAAGUCAGGGUGAUUCAGCGAGUUCCGGUUAGUUGAAUGGACAAGGGGAUGGAGCUGCCGCGCGAUUCCCCGGCCAGCAAGUCCCCGUCUCCGCAGGCAAGGCCAUCUAAGGGGAAAGGCUCGCCGAGGCUGUUUAUCAGAGAAAUGGUCAUGAGGAACUUCAAGUCCUACGCUGGUGAACAGCGUGUUGGACCAUUCCACAAGAGCUUUUCAGCUGUUGUUGGCCCGAACGGGAGCGGAAAGAGCAAUGUGAUAGAUGCGAUGCUUUUUGUGUUCGGUAAACGAGCAAAGCAGAUGAGGCUCAACAAAGUGUCAGAGCUCAUCCAUAAUUCAACAAAUCACCAGAACCUCGACAGUGCUGGUGUUUCUGUUCACUUCCAGGAAAUCGUUGAUCUGGAUGAUGAAGAAUAUGAAGCUGUACCUGGAAGUGAUUUUGCGAUCACACGAGUUGCCUUUCGUGACAACUCCUCCAAGUACUACAUUAAUGACCGUUCAAGUAACUUUACCGAGGUCACCCGCUUGCUCAAAGGAAAAGGAGUAGACUUGGACAAUAACCGUUUUUUGAUUCUCCAGGGUGAAGUUGAGCAAAUCUCACUGAUGAAACCAAAGGCUCAGGGACCACAUGAUGAAGGGUUUCUUGAAUAUCUGGAAGACAUAAUUGGCACCAACAAAUACGUUGAAAAAAUUGAUGAAUCAUAUAAGGAGCUGGAGUCUUUGAAUGAGAAGAGAUCUGGGGUGGUGCAAAUGGUGAAGUUAGCUGAAAAAGAAAGAGACAACUUAGAGGAUGGAAAAAAUGAAGCAGAAGUAUACAUGCUCAAGGAGUUAUCAUUGCUGAAAUGGCAAGAGAAAGCCACUAGAUUGGCCUGUGAAGAUACUGACGCCAAGAUGAUGGAAGUGGGAGAAACAAUGUCCAGUAUGGAAGAGAAACUUAAAAGUGAAAGGGAGAAAAUUCAGCAAAGCAAUGAAAAACUGAAGGAGCUCGAGGCUGUUCACAACAAGUACAUGAAAAGGCAAGAGGAAUUGGAUAAUACCCUAAGAAUUUGUAAGGAAGACUUUAAGGAAUUUGAACGGCAAGAUGUCAAAUACCGUGAGGACUUGAAGCACAAGAAGCAAAAGAUCAAAAAACUCGACGAUAAAAUUGAAAAGGAUUCAACAAAGAUUGAAGAGUUACAAAAGGGAUGUGAAGAUUCAACAAUUAUGAUACCCAAGCUUGAAGAAAAUGUACCGAAAUUGGAAAGUUCGUUGGCUGAUGAAGAAACAGUGCUGGAGGAAAUCAAAGAGAAUGCUAAAGUUGAAACUGAGAGAUACCGUUCUGAUCUUGCAAAGGUUCGUGCUGAACUAGAACCUUGGGAGAUACAACUAAUUGAGCAUAAGGGAAAGCUUGAAGUUGCAUGUACUGAAAGCAAGCUUCUGUCUGAGAAGCAUGAAGCUGGUCGUGCUGCGUUCAAAGAUGCUCGAAAGCAGAUGGAUGACAUAACGGGCAAGGUUGCUGAAAGAAGUGAAAGAACUGCAAAUAUUCAAGGAGAAAUAGAAAGGACAAAACAAGAAGCAUCUGAAGCUCGAAAGCUGGAAGAGGAAUGCAUCAGAGAACAAGAAGCACUAAUACCGCUUGAACAAGCUGCUAGAGAAAAGCUUGCAGAACUCAAAUCCAUUAUGGAUUCCGAGAAGAGUCAGGGAUCAGUUUUGAAAGCAAUUUUGCAGGCCAAGCAGUCAAAUCGAAUAGAGGGAAUCUAUGGGCGAAUGGGUGAUUUAGGAGCUAUUGAUGCUAAAUAUGACAUUGCUGUAUCAACAGCAUGUCCUGGACUUGAUUAUAUUGUUGUGGAGACGACUAGUGCAGCCCAAGCAUGUGUAGAGCUACUGCGGAGGGAGAACCUCGGUGUUGCAACUUUCAUGAUAUUGGAGAAGCAACUUGAUCUUCUUCCUAAGUUGAAGGAGAAGGUAAACCCUCCGGAGGGAGUUCCUCGUCUAUUUGAUCUGAUCAAAGUCCAGGAUGAGAGAAUGAAACUAGCAUUUUAUGCUGCACUCCGGAAUACUGUUGUCACGGAUAGUCUAGACCAGGCAACACGGAUUGCCUACAGUGGAAAUAAAGAAUUUAGGCGUGUGGUAACACUGGAUGGGGCACUGUUUGAAAAAUCUGGAACCAUGAGUGGAGGAGGAAAUAAACCGCGUGGUGGAAAGAUGGGAACAUCCAUUCGAUCAGCAAGUGUGUCUGCAGAGGCCAUUGGAAAUGCCGAGAAUGAGCUUUCAGGUUUAUCAGAAAAACUGAGCAGCCUCAGGCAAAAAAUCGCAGAUGCAGUGAGGAAGUGGCAAUCCUCAGAGAAAAAGCUAGGGCAGCUCAAGAUGGAGUUGGCCAAAAGUGAAAAGGAGAUUGAAAGUCUGCACUCCCAGCACAGUUACCUUGAGAAACAACUUGGUUCCCUUGAAGCAGCAUCCCGACCGAAGAAGGAUGAACUUGCUAGGCUGGAAGAGCUCAAGAAAGUCAUUGCCGCUGAAGAAAAGGAAAUUGAUACGUUGAUUCAAGGGUCUAAAAAACUGAAAGAGAUUGCGACAGAGCUUCAACAGAAGAUAGAAAACGCUGGGGGUGAAAAAUUGAAACUCCAGAAGUCAAAGGUUGCUGGGAUCCAAUCUAAUAUUGCUAAAGAUAGAACAGAGAUCAACCGGCACAAGGUUCAGAUAGAGACUGGCCAAAAAAUGAUAAAGAAAUUAACCAAGGGAUUGGAGGAAGCCAAAAAGGAGAAAGAUCGAAUCAUGGAGGAGAAGGAGAAGUUACGAUUGGUUUUCAAAGAAUUAGAAGAGAAGGCCUUCAAAGUUCAAGAAAAUUACCGAAAAACAGAAGAGCUUAUUGAUCAGCAUCGUGAAGUACUGGAUAAAGCGAAAUCCGAGUACGAGCAGGAGAAAAAAAUUGUCAAUGAGUUGCGUGCUUCACAGGUUGAUGCCGAGUACAAACUGCAAGACAUGAAGAAAGCGUAUAAAGAGUUGGAGUUGAAGGGAAGGGGUUACACAAAAAAGCUUGACGAUCUGCAAGCGUCUCUCACAAAGCACAUGGAACAGAUCCAUAAAGAUUUAGUGGAUCCGGAGAAGCUUCAGGCUACUCUCACCGAUAAAUCUCUCACCGAAGCUUGUGAUUUGAGAAGGGCGCUUGAAAUGGUUGCAUUGUUGGAAGCACAACUGAAAGAAUUGAGUCCUAAUCUUGACUCGAUAUCAGAGUACCGGAAGAAAGCAACUCUGUAUAACGAACGCGUAGAGGAUCUUAACAUGGUUACUCAACAGCGUGAUGAUGUGAAGAAGCAAUAUGAUGACUGGAGAAAGAAAAGACUCGACGAGUUCAUGGCAGGAUUCAAUACAAUAUCUCUGAAAUUAAAAGAAAUGUACCAGAUGAUCACACUGGGAGGUGAUGCGGAACUCGAGCUGGUCGACUCUUUGGACCCCUUCUCAGAAGGAGUUGUCUUCAGUGUCAGGCCUCCAAAGAAGAGCUGGAAGAACAUAGCUAAUUUAUCUGGUGGUGAAAAGACUCUCAGCUCGUUGGCUCUUGUGUUUGCCCUUCAUCAUUACAAGCCUACUCCUCUAUAUGUCAUGGAUGAGAUCGAUGCUGCUCUAGACUUCAAGAACGUUUCUAUUGUGGGACACUACGUGAAGGACCGCACAAAGGAUGCCCAGUUCAUAAUCAUAAGCCUCAGAAACAAUAUGUUUGAGUUGGCUGAUCGGCUGGUGGGCAUAUAUAAGACUGACAACUGCACUAAGAGCAUCACGAUCAAUCCCAGGAGCUACGUGGUGUGUGAGAGAGCCGCUUGAUGCAUUCGAAAAGAAUCCUGUUAGGGAUCACAGUUUCAUGCGGACAUGUUGUUCACGUGUCCUUGUAACUAAUGAAAUAUAACCCAAUGUUACAGCUUUUCUAUCUGACGGGCAGAAGAAAGACAAUAUCAUCUGCUUCACAAGUGUAAUGUUAUAAGUUUUAAUGUAUCUUUUCCUUUCUUUUGUGGGGAAGUUUAUUCGCAGAUUCCUGAUUUCAUGAACUUUUUUCGGGAAAACAUUCCGAGA